GGGAAGGAUUAUAGGUUAAAAGGUUAUUUUUAUCCGGAUUUUUUUAUUAUUUGUUAUUUUUAGUAAUUGUAUUUCAUGCUGAUUAUAAGAAUAUUUUUGUUUACAGUCUAUUCGGUCCCAUAGUCUCACGAAAAUGACGAACGCCACGAUUCAAGAGAUAGAAGGCAUUGAUGAUUAUUGGGGUCCUGCCUUCAGAUCAGUGUAUGAAGGUGAGGGCCACGAGGCAUUUGUGCAACAGCUGGAUGAGAGAAUAAAGCAACAUGACAAGGAAAUUGAGAAGUUGUGCAAUUUUCACUAUCAGGGCUUUAUUGACUCAAUCAGGGAGUUGCUGCAAGUACGUUCGCAUGCAGAAAAACUUCAUUCAGAAAUAUCUAUUGUGGACUCCAACAUCAAAGAGAGCACUGAAGAUCUUUGCUCGAUAGCCAAAGAUCUGAUCAGGGCUCGUCGAGUGGAGCUGAAUAUUGCUGCUACCAUCGAGAAGAUGGAAUUGUGUCUGCCACUACUCACCACAUAUUCUAAAUUGAAGGCACAAGUGGAAGCUAAGAGGUACUACCCAGCGCUGAAGACUCUAGAACAGCUGGAGCACGUGUUGCUGCCCCGAGUGGGCCCCUACAAGUGGUGUGCCCAGAUCUCGGCCGACAUCCCGCGGCUGCGGCAGGCGAUCAAGGACGCCUCCAGCGAUCUGCUCAGAGACUUCUUGGAGUACAUACGGAAACUUAGCCCGCAGGUUGGUGCUAUGGCUCUGAAACAGACUCAAGAAAUGUCAGGCAGAAGUCUUGCCAACAUUGUGAAGAAUAAAAAAGACACGGCGGUGCUAGGGCUGGCGGGCGCCGGGCCCGCGUGCGCGCACGAGCUGGUGGACUUCAGUCCGCUGCAUCGCUGUCUGCACAUACACAGCGUGCUGGGCGUCAAGGCCGAGUUCAUACAGCAUUACAGAACGCAGCGCAUCCAGCAAGCGCGGCUCGUGCUGGAGCCGGCGGGCAACCUCCACGACUCCAUGCAGAGCGUGCGGAGCUUCCUCAACGCUGUGCUCGGCUUCUUCAUACUGGAGGAGCAUCUCUUGAGCGCCGGCGCUGGCUUAGUGUCCAAGGACUGGCUAUUGGAGACUUGGGGGAUGGCGGUGUCGAAGCUGAUCUCCACCCUGAGGAAGAACACUUCGCUGAUAACCGACGCGACUUUGAUGUUGAGUAUCAAACACCAGAUCGUACUGUUUGUCAGCACGCUCAAAUGUUACGGUUUACCAACCGACCCACUGCCGACGCUGCUGCACGAAAUGGCGGAACACUACACGGAAGUGUUGAUGGGACAAUGGGUCACAGUCUUCAGGGAUAUUUUGGACAACGCGUCCUUUUUGCCCAUUGAGGUAACAAAUCAAGAGCAAUACGAUGGCGUAAUGGACAUUUUCCCGUAUGACGGGGAAGAGUUAGAGACACAGCCCUUUCCAAGAAAAUUCCCAUUCUCUUCAAUAGUCCCCGACGUGUACGUUCAAGUGAAAGAGUUUAUAUACGCGUGGCUGAAAUACUCUGUCGGCCUCGGCUUCGGCGGCAGCAGGCGGGCGGCGGCGGCGCGGCACUCGGCGUCGUUGCUGCUCAGCCGCUCCUUCACCGGCUGCCUGUCGGCGCUGUUCUGCCGUCCGCUGCCGCUCAUGCAGCUCGUGCAGAUAAUCGUGGACACGCAAUAUCUGGAGGACGCGACGUUGUAUCUCUACGAGUUCAUCAGCAACAUCACCGGAUCUGAAAUUGUCACUACCAAGACGGCUGGCAGCAUGUUCCAGGUGGCGCGCGACGACGCGGAGCAGCAGAUCUGCGGUAACCUCGAAAAGAAGGUGGACGAGUUUCUUGAUCUCGAGAACUACGACUGGCUUCUAGUGGAGCCUACGGGACAAGCAUCAGCGUUCGUGACAGAUAUGCUGAGCUAUCUCAAAGGAGUCCUUACAUCGUUGGAGCAACUACCACAAAGAGCCAGAGUGGCGGCAGUCCACGCAGCAACGAACCGCAUAGCGACUCGCCUCCGCAACUUGCUGCUCGACCCGGCCGUGCGGCAGGUAUCCUCCGGCGCUCUGUACCAACUGGACCUGGACGUGAUACAGUGCGAACAGUUCGCUGCCGGCGAGCCAGUGCCCGGCAUGAAGGAAGGCCAGCUACUGGAACACUUCGCUAGCCUCAGACAACUGCUGGAUCUUAUAACCAGUUGGGAUUGGUCCUCCUACCUCCACGACAUCGGCAUCGAUGGCGGGAAAUACGCGCUCGUAACUCCACGCGACGCUGCGACCUUACUGGAGAAACUUAAGGAGGCUGAACAAAAGUCCUCUGUCUUCUCCGUCUUGAAGAAGAACGAGAGAGAUAGACGGAAGCUGCUCGACACCGUCUUGAAACAAUUGAAACAACUACAGAAUCAGGAUGGCUGAUUGGUAACUCUAUAAUGUGAACUAAGAAGUGCAAUGAGUUUACAAAAAUAAUAUGAAUAUUGUAAGCUUUGUAAAUAAUGAUGGUUAUAUAUUUUUUAAUCGAUCGGAAAGUAUUGUGGAAGACUUGGUCAAAGUUUGUAUUCUUUUUAUUAAUGUGACAUUAGAUGUUAUGUAAUUUACAAAAGACGGCGGUGCUAAAACUUAUCAUACAUACUCAUUAUUGUGAAAAGUAAUUGUAAUCUUGUUUUUACUUAUCAAUGUACUCGUGUAUUUUAUUUAUUGAAAUAAUGUUAAUAUUAUCUCUAUUAUUUCUAACGAAUUGUACCACCGGGAAGUUUGAAUAGCAGCUGAAAUAGUAUAUUUGAUGUAAGCGGGCUAUGUUAUCGCGCGACGCGAAGUGGAGCGCGGUAAUAAAGCCAAGUAUGUAAUGUGUGUCGACGUUUUCAACACACACGGCAGUCGACAUUUUUGAUAAACCAAGUUCAACACGGCAAAGAUUUUAGUACCCAGGUAGAAUAAUAUAUCUUGGAAUAGCACACAUUGGGUACAUUUUAUCCAGAAUUUCCCACGGGAGCGAAGCUCCGCGAGCAGUUUUUGUAAUUUGACUGUACAGAUUAAAAUACGUGCAUUGUGCUAAUAAGCAUUGUUAACAAAUGUAAAAAAUAUAUGUAUUAGUAAAGGCUGAUAUUUAUCUUAGGUGUAUUCAUAGUGAUAGAACGCAUUUAUAGAAUGUCGUAUUAUGUGGCAAUGAAAUAAAUUAUUUAGUUACGUA